AUGGUUGAUACCGUCACUGGUGGUGACACCAAUGCACCACCAUUCGCCCCCGCGAUCGAGUACGACGACGGCAAGACGCUGAUGGCUCGAGGUCCAUUGGCGCUGCACGAUCACAUGGCCUCGCGUCUGGAGCGGUCGCUGGGCAAGACGCUGCCCCAAAUGGAGGUGCGCUUCAGGGAUGUAUCCAUCUCGGCCGACGUCGUGGUCAAGGACAGGAGCAACCUCGAGGCGCAGCUGCCGACGCUGCCGACCGAGAUGAUGAAGACGCUGCAGAGCCUCACGGCCAAUCAGCACACGGUGACCAAGCGCAUCCUGCGGGACGUGAGCGGCGUACUCAAACCGGGGACCAUCACGCUGGUGCUGGGCCAGCCGGGCUCGGGCAAGUCGUCGCUCAUGAAGCUGCUCAGCGGGCGCUUCCCCCAGGACAAGAGUGUCUCGAUCGAGGGCGAGGUCAAGUACAACGGCACGUCGGCUGCGGAGCUGCGCGCGCGUCUGCCGCAGCUCGUGUCGUACGUGCCGCAGCGUGACAAGCACUACCCGGAGCUGACGGUCAAGGAGACGCUGGAGUUCGCCCACGCUGCGUGUGGUGGUGGUGGGGAGCUGUCCGAGCGAGACGCGAGUCACCUGGUGAACGGCACGCCCGAGGAGAACGCGGAGGCUCUGAAGGCCGCGCGAGCCAUGGCCAAGCACCACCCGGACGUCGUGAUCCAGCAGCUCGGACUCGACAACUGCCAGCACACGGUCGUGGGCGACGCCAUGCUGCGAGGUGUGUCGGGCGGAGAGCGCAAGCGCGUGACGACGGGCGAGAUGGCGUUUGGUAACAAGUACGUGCAGCUGAUGGACGAGAUCAGCACGGGGCUCGACAGCGCCGCCACCUUCGACAUCAUCACGACGCAGCGCAGUCUGGCCAAGAAGUUCCGCAAGACGGUGGCCAUCUCGCUGCUGCAGCCGUCGCCCGAGGUCUUCGCGCUCUUCGACGACGUCAUGAUCCUCAACGCGGGCUGCCUCAUGUACCAUGGCCCGUGCGAGCAGGCGCUGGCGUACUUCGAGUCUCUCGGCUUCAAGUGUCCUCCGUCGCGUGACGUGGCCGACUUCCUGCUGGACCUCGGUACCGAUAAGCAGCUCCAGUACGAACAAAAGCUCGCGCUUGGACACGCCGUUCCUCGCACCCCGAGUGAAUUCGCCGACGCGUUCAAGCGAUCAACUAUCUACGCCCACACGCUGAAGGAACUGGAGGAGCCUGCGAGUCCCGAUCUCGUCCAGGACAUGAAGACGCACAUGGAAACUCAGCACGAGUUCUCGCAGAGCUUCUGGGCCAGCACGUCGCUGCUCAUGAAGCGACAGCUAACCAUCACCAAGCGAGAAACUACAGCUCUGAUCGGGCGCGUGAUGAUGAACACGAUGAUCGCGUUACUCUGCUCGAGCGUCUACUAUCAAUUCGACAUGACGGACGCUCAAGUGGCCAUGGGCAUCAUGUUUGAGGCGAUCCUGAACCUAUCCGUCGGCCAGGCCGCCCAGGUCCCAACGAUCAUGGCAGCGCGUGAUGUGUUCUACAAGCAGCGAGGCGCCAAUUUCUUCCGAACCGCGUCCUAUGUACUGUCGAAUUUCGCCAACCAGGCGCCCCCAAUUGUCCUGGAAUCCGUGAUCUUCGGGUCAAUCGUCUACUGGAUGUGCGGCUUCGUGAGCAGCUUUUGGAGCUUUCUCGUCUUCUUGGUGGUGCUGACCUUGACGAACUUCACGCUGGCCGCGUUCUUCUUCUUCUUGGCGUCUGCGUCGCCCAAUCUCAACGUGGCGAGUCCCAUUUCCAGUGUGGCAGUGGUGUACGUCUGCAUCUUCGCGGGGUACACGAUCACGAAGGACCAGAUUCCAGACUACUUGAUCUGGUUGUACUGGCUCAACCCGAUCUCGUGGGGACUUCGUGCGCUUGCCGUGAACCAGUACAUCAACCCGCACUUCAACGAGUGCGUGUUUAACGGCAUCGACUAUUGCACCAAGUACGGGAUGACAAUGGGCGAGUACUCGCUCACCACGUACGGGGUGCAGUCCGAGAAGUACUGGUUGUGGUACGGAAUGGUGUUCAUGGCUCCAGUGACUGUGGCGUUCAAGGACUUGUGGUACACGGUUCCGGACCCGACCAACCCGAAGAGCACCAUUGACCUGCUCAAGGGCAUCUCUGGAUACGCACUUCCAGGUACGAUCACGGCGCUCAUGGGCUCUUCCGGCGCCGGCAAGACGACGCUCAUGGACGUGAUUGCUGGCCGCAAGACUGGCGGCAAGAUCCGCGGACAGAUUCUGCUGAACGGCCAUCCCGCCACGGACCUGGCCAUUCGGCGCUCCACGGGGUACUGCGAGCAGAUGGACAUCCACUCGCAGUCGUCGACGGUCCGCGAGGCGCUGACCUUCAGCGCGUUCUUGCGGCAGGGCGCCGACAUCCCGGACGCGCUCAAGUUCGACUCGGUGAACGAGUGCUUGGACCUGCUGGACCUGAACCCGAUCGCCGAUCAGAUCAUCCGCGGCAGCUCCGUGGAGCAGAUGAAGCGCCUGACGAUCGGCGUGGAGCUGGCCGCGCAGCCCAGCGUCUUGUUCCUGGACGAGCCCACGAGCGGCCUGGACGCGCGGUCGGCCAAGCUCAUCAUGGACGGAGUGCGCAAGGUGGCGGACACGGGGCGCACCAUUCUGUGCACGAUUCACCAGCCUUCAGCAGAAGUCUUCGGCGUGUUCGACAGUUUGUUGCUGCUGAAGCGCGGAGGCGAGACGGUGUUUGCCGGUGAGUUGGGCGAGAACGCGAGCGAGAUGACCAACUACUUCGAGUCGAUCGACGGUGUGGCCAAGCUGAAGGAGGACUACAAUGCUGCCACUUGGAUGCUGGAGGUGAUCGGCGCUGGCGUGGGCAACGACAAUGGAUCGCAGACGGACUUCGUGGAGAUCUUCAAGUCCAGCGAGCACUUCAAACGUCUGCAGUCGAACCUGGACCAAGAAGGCGUGACACGACCGUCACCUUCGUUGCCCGCUCUGGAGUUUGGUGACAAGCGCGCAGCAUCGGAGUUGACUCAAGCCAAGUUCCUGUUGAAGCGCUUCUGCGAUCUGUACUGGCGCACGGCCUCCUUCAACUUGACCCGCUUUGCCAUCUCACUCGGUUUGGGGCUAUUCUACGGCAUCACGUACGUUGGAGUCGAGUACAUGUCGUACUCGGGCGUGAACUCCGGCAUGGGGAUGCUGUACUUGGUCAUGUCCUUCAUCGGUCUCAUUGCAUUCAACGGCUUGAUCCCGAUCGCUGCUGAAGAACGCGCAGUGUUCUACCGCGAGCGCGCAUCUCAAACAUAUAGUGCGCUCUGGUACUUCGUCGGUAUGAGCGUCAUGGAGAUCCCGUACGCUAUCGUCGCAGUGUUGCUGUUCCUGAUCCCGUUCUACCCCAUGGUGGGGUUUUCGGGUGUCGGAGCAUUCCUCACCUCCUGGCUGGUGCUGGUGUUGCAGGUGCUGCACCAAGCGUACAUGGCGGAGUUGCUCGUGUUCCUGCUGCCGAACCUGGAGGUGGCAGAGAUUGUCGGAGUCUUGUUGAACCUCAUCGGCUACUUGUUCUCAGGCUUCAGCCCUCCGGCUUCGGCGCUCCCAUCGGCGACCGUGUGGCUCUACGACAUCACCCCCAUGAAGUACAGCACGGCAGCGUUCUCUGCUGUGGUGUUCGGCGAGUGUUCAAGUGACGGCGACCUCGGCUGCACGCAGAUGACGAAUGUCCCUCCGUCACUGCCGGACAACAUCACGGUCAAGGAGUACCUGGAGACCAACUUCUUGAUGAAGCACAGCGAGAUCUGGAGGAACUGCGGACUUUUGGUCGUGUUUGUUCUCGCCUUCAGUGUCUUCACGCUGCUGGCCAUGCGCUUCGUCAAUUACCAGAAGCGGUAA